AUGAAAGCAGGAAGGUCGAAAGAAAGCAAAGCUGUUAAGGCUUCUGGAAAAUCCGGCCUAAAGACAAGAUCUGCUAGAGUGAAAAAUUCUUCCAAGAAAGCAAAUAAAUCGGAUCACAAAGCAAGAGGUUGCAGUGAGGAAUUGUUGUCUGACAAAGAGAAUCAGCAUUUUCCAGUUAAGGAAUCUGGGGGAUUGUGCCCAGAACUUCCUACUGAAGAUACAUUUCAUGUGAAAUUGAAAGAAGCUCUUGAAGUUGAUCUUCAUCCAAGACAAACACUCACUUCUUCUGCAAAAAUCAAAUUGCAACUUUUUCCAGCAAAUGAAGAAAUUCGAACAGGACUUGAAAAGGACGGGCAUAAUCCAUACUUAGAACUCACGCUAAGUGGUAGAAAGAAAAUUUCUUCAGUUCUAAGACACAUUGAAAAGAAGUGGGGAAGUUCAAGUACAGCAAAAGGGGAGCCCAUGCUUUUUCCUUACGACAGAAUGGAAAAUCUAUCUGAUUGCAAAAGAUGGACAAUUAAUGAUAGUGACACUACAGCCACAUCUGUCUAUGCAGCUGUUGGGAACCCCUCAAUUUUCCGGUUGAAGUAUGGUUGGUUUAACAUACAUGAACCUACAUCAUUGGGUAUAUCCUCCAUGCUGGUUCCCUGUGAGUUUGGCGUACAGUCUGGAGGAACAGAUACAGGUUGCAUUGCUAAUUUAGAGGCUUUAUGUGAUGAGCGGGACAAGAUUGAGGCAACUGCAGAAUACAAAACAACUGACGUGGGCAAUGUGACAAGUGAAAUUGUGGCUCAGAAAAUGAACAAGGAAUCUACUAAUCCUCAGGAUAAUGAGCCAAAAGAAGGUUGCAGCCUUCAACAAACAUCAAUGCAAUGGGUUGAUUGUCUAGACAAUAUAAGCAUUGGCGGCCUCCUGUCAGAAGCAUCAUUACUGGGAAAAAUUAAUCAUCCUCCUGUUUCAACACAAUCUGCUGGAGCCAUGCGCACCUCAAUAUUGGAUGCUGAAGAAACAUGUCAUGCAUUUGCUAUCAAGAAGUUAUCUCCCCCCGCUGUGCAAACUGCUAGUGCAACAGAAACAGCUUAUUCUGGGGCCUAUGGUCAGGAUGUAUCUUCAAACUUAUUCAAGCUUCCAUGUACAGACAAGGUUAAUGAUCAAGUUGGACUUUCACAAAAUCCCCCUUCUCAGAAGCUUUCUUCACGUUUGUUUGAUGAUGAAAGAAGUCUUGGGUUAACAGGCAUCAACUGGAAUGACUCUUUGGGACCUUUCGAUCUUGGCAUGCCAGCAAAGAAACGCAUUGGCGGGGACAGUAUUGGUAUUGGUGAAUUUGUUAAAUAG